AUGGAAACCCAAACUACUGUAGUAAAAUCAACAAUAAGAAAUAUUGGUAACACAUUAAAUCAAACCGAACAACUAUACAAUAAUAUUACGGAAAAGGAGCAACAACUCUAUGAAAAAAUGUCAAAAAUACAGAACAAAACAAACGAUUUAUUAGAUUUACUAAUGAAAAAUGAAAUACAUAAUUUAUAUACAAUAAUUACAAAUCAAUAUUCCUACGAAACAGAAACUUUAGGACAAAUAGUAACUGCCCCUAGAGAAGGAAUGAUACAUCCAAGUCUUAUGACACCGCAAGAACUAGCAUCAACAUUAAAAACAAUAGAACAAACUAUAAAGAAAAUAUAG